CCGCGCGGGCAGCUCCGCACCCGUCCUCGCCGCAGACGUGAGCAACCAUGAACUGGGCCGGCCUCUACACGGUGCUGAGCGGGGUGAACCGCCACUCCACCGCCAUCGGCCGCAUCUGGCUCUCCGUCAUCUUCAUCUUCCGGAUAAUGGUGCUGGUGGUGGCGGCCGAGAGCGUGUGGGGCGACGAGAAGGCGGCCUUCACGUGCAACACGCAGCAGCCCGGCUGCAACAGCGUCUGCUACGACCACUUCUUCCCCAUCUCGCACAUCCGCCUGUGGGCCCUGCAGCUCAUCCUGGUCACCACGCCGGCCCUGCUCGUGGCCAUGCACGUGGCCUACAUGCAGCACCAGGAGAAGAAGCUGCUGGUGCUGACGGGCCACGGCGACGCCAAGCACCUGGAGGAGGUGAAGAAGCACAAGAUGCGCAUCGCGGGCUCGCUCUGGUGGACCUACGUGUGCAGCGUGGUCUUCAGGCUGCUCUUCGAGGCCGUCUUCAUGUACAUCUUCUACAUGAUCUACCCGGGCUACCAGAUGGUGCGGCUGGUCAAGUGCGAGGCCUACCCGUGCCCCAACACGGUCGACUGCUUCGUGUCGCGGCCCACCGAGAAGACCAUCUUCACCGUCUUCAUGCUGGUCACCUCGGGCAUCUGCAUCGUGCUCAACAUGGCCGAGCUGGUGUACCUGGUGGUGCGGGCGUGCGCCCGCCGCGGCCACCCGGACUCCAACCCGCCCUCGGGCAAGGGCUCCUUCUACGGCCACAAGCUCUCGUCCGAGUACAAGCAGAACGAGAUCAACCAGCUGCUCACGGAGCAGGACGGCUCCCUCAAGGACAUGCUGCGCCGCAACCCCGGCCUGCAGGAGAAGGGCGACCGCUGCUCGGCCUGCUAGGGCCGCCGCCGCUGCCUUCGCCGCCUCCCUCCUCUCCCU